AGUCGCGUCGAUCGCAGUCCGAAACCAAAUCGCGGGAUAUUCACAAUCAAGUAGCCAUGGCCAAGACAUCUAGCCGCCUGGGAAGCAGCCUCUUGCUAGCUCUCCUCGCUUUUCUAGCUCUCGGAAUUCUCGCCGAAGCGGCACCCUACCAGGAGUUGGAGCCCCGCAAAGGUCAUGUUCCCGUCUAUAUACGACACGGCGAUGAGCCGCUGAGCGAAAUCCAUCCCGGACUGGCCGAGGCCUUCAAGGAGGGCGAAUCCAAGAGUCUGGUCACCGAAGCUCCCCAGGCAGAAUCUUCUAGCCCGCCGACCACAACCGACUCCCCGCCCCCGUCCGCCAGCUCAACUGUUUCGGAUAUUGCCAGCUUUGAGGCCAUCAAAGCGAAGACGGAAUAAAACAAUUUAAUAAUCACAAAAUUGAAGCUAAACCCUCUUUAGUUUACCAGUUAAGUCCAUCAACCGAAAGCCCCCUUGAGGUCUAGUGAUAAAAUCAGCAGGCAAAAGCAAAUAUUUAAAUUCAAAAUGAAUAGAAACGAGCAAGGAACAAUUUUAAAUUCAGUUUUCGAAGUGCAAAGAAUACCAAUAAAAGUAUUAAAAUAAUUUUGGCGGCGUUAAAGAGUUGAAAAACUAUUCUCUGAUAGCAACCCUUAGUUUGUGCUCAACAAAUCUGCAUAUUAUCUCCCCCUCAAAUGAAACGUAUUACUUUAGUUGGAAGUCAAAAAGGUCCUGACCCAUGUAAAAUAAACUUAAAAGUAAAUUGUAACUUAA